AUGACAACUGCGCGAGGUGACCGCAAGUCUGUGUUGAUCACUGGGUGCUCUCCCGGUGGAAUAGGCAAUGCACUCGCCCGCGAGUUUCAUCGCAAUGGUUUGCGCGUAUUUGCAACGGCGCGAGACGCAACGAACAUCGAUGAUCUAGCAGCCCUGGGUAUCGAGACGCUAGACUUGGUGGUGGACGACGACGAAAGUGUCAAAACCUGCUGCUCCGAAGUUGAAAAAAGACUUGGGGACAAGGGACUUGAUUUUCUUGUUAACAAUGCGGGCCGAAACUACACUGUUCCAGCUACUGAGAUAGACCUUGGGGAAGCCCGGAAAACUUUCGAAACCAACUUCUUCGCGGUCAUCUCUAUAUGCCAGGCCUUCUUGCCAUUGCUGAUUAAGUCAAAGGGCACUAUUGUGAUGAUUGGUAGUGUGGCUGGGAUCAUACCUUAUGUGUUCGGGUCGGUCUACAACGCCUCAAAAGCCGCGCUGCAUUCGUUCAGCGACACGCUGCGGGUGGAACUUGCUCCCUUCGGCGUAAAUGUCACAACUGUCAUCACUGGGGGUGUACAAUCCCGCAUUGCUCGUACUAAGCGAACUCUCCAGCCGAACUCCCUGUUCACUCCUAUCGAAGACGAAUACGCACGCCGUGUGACGCACAGUCAGGAUGGCGCGAUGCCACAUACUGCAUAUGCGCGAAGCGUUGUAGCGCAGGUCUUGUACGGAUCAGCGCCAUGGCGCUGGUUAUGGCCCUGGGCGCAAGGACGAAAGAGUUGGAUCUGGGAAGGCAACAAGAGCUGGCUGAUAUGGCUCCUAUGUGGCGGUUGGGCUUGGACGGGUCUAUUUCAUGGCGCCAUGACGCGGAUGUUCAAGCUCUACAAGUUGAAAAAUGCCAUAGGGAAGUAG